CGUUGGUGCAAAUUGUACGAUGAGUCAAUACUCCGAAGAACAACUUACCACCAGGCACGAACAAGGAAUACACAGUUUAGAACUACGAGCAGGUAUUGAAAGACUUCGGAAAAAGUUGGGAAGCAAAGAACAACAGCGUUCCAGAUUAUCAGAGGAACGCACAACGACAACAAUGACGAGGGAACCUGGAAACUUACAAAGGUCACCUACUCCCAUUGCCUUGGACAGAAUAACAAUUGAAGAGUCACCUAGAAAGAAAGACAGAAAACCUCUUUCAACAAGAGUUUCUUCUAGUUCGCCAGAUAAGCUGAAUGGAGCCGAACUCGGAAAGUGGAACGAAAGUGCUGUUGAAGGUGGACAAACAUUGCACUUACGGACAAGCUCUUUACCGAGAGAGUCUAGAAGAGAAGAUACACCAAGAAGAUCCUCUUCGAGUCCUGACACCCACUUUUGGUCCUUGAGUUCGCCAAAACUUUCCAAAAACCGUUCAGGAAACUUGAGCGACUCUAAAGUUGUUGAAAGUUGGACCGAUGAACAACAGGAUUUUCCACCUCGUAGUGUAAGUAGUUUUAAAGCACUGGGAGUAAUAUCUAAAUUCGUUCAGUAUUCGUCAGGUUCUUCUAAAAGUCCUACUCAAUUUAGAUUGAGCGAACUGGAGGGCGCCUCAAAGAGGACAAGUUUGCGUAGCCACCUUAGAGUCUCACCAGUGAAGAGCUACGUUGGUUUGACUGCACAGAGAAAGUCCGAUAGUGAAGUUUUUCAAGAAGUGAAAAGAAGAACUCGUUCUGCGUCCUGGGGAAAUGUGGACGAUGUCACGACUCCUAAUAACCGUGAAAGAGUUUCGACUGUGGAGAAGCAAAUUUAUACCAAAGAUUUCGAAAGAAUUCUGCAGAAAAGAAACCUUGCAGAGUGGAAGAAGAGAGCGGACAGGCUUUCUAAAAGUGACGACUUGAAUCAUUAUCGAGAUGUUUUAAGUUCUCCACCUUCAGCAAACAAGAGAAGGUCGGCACCGAGUAGUCCUAAUUAUGAAAAAGAUUACUCGUUUUCUGAUAACAAUCAUGAAGCAGACUUAUCGAUGGAUAAGAUAAAUACUGCCUUUGAGAAUCUGGGAAUACAUGAAACCCAUAUAUCUGACUCAAAAUCUCCUGCAACAGAAGAUAGUAUUCGAGAAACCUAUGAGACAGUAGAAAACCUAUCAGAUAAUUCGGAAGAUUCGAUGGAUGAAGAAGCAAAGAGCUUGUCAAACGUAGACAGUGGUUUGUUUAGUCACAAUUCCAUUCCAGAAGAACCGAAACUGCUUUCCAUUAUACCUUCUGUCGAGUUUGAGUUGAAAAGUCCUUCAAGAGAAGAUUUUAUUGCUUCAGAGCUCAUUGGGGAAGGGGCGUAUAGCAAAGUUUUACGUGCAACUCAUAAACCGACCGCCAAAGAGUAUGCAGUAAAAGUUGUAUCAAAGCAGAUGGCCCGAAAGUUGGGACAAGAAGGAAGACUCAUUAACGAACAGGUUUGUCUUCAGAUGGUUAUCGGUCAUCCAUUUAUUGCACGUUUGGCUUCUCUUUUUGAGGACGAAUCUUUUCUGUAUUUUGUAAUUGAAUUUUGUCCUUAUGGAGAUAUGAAUAAUCUUAUUAAAAUUGCUCGUCGUAAGAAUCGAGCUUUAACUAAAGACACUAUAAGAUUUUAUGCAGCCGAGCUAGUUAGUGCAUUGGAGAAAGUGCACAAAGAAGGAAUCAUUCACAGGGAUGUAAAACCACAGAAUAUCUUAAUUGGAGAUCGCGGUCACUUGAAACUGACGGACUUUGGCAUUGCAGCUCGUAUUCAGUCUCCCAACAGCAAUAGAGACACUGGGGAUUUCGACAGUAGUUUAGAUUCAGCAGAUCGGAGAAAUUCUUUUGUUGGUACUUUCACAUAUAUGGCCCCUGAGCUUAUUCGGGAGGAAGGAGCCUGUUUUGCGAGCGAUCUUUGGGCAUUGGGUGUUAUCUUAUAUCAAAUGUUUACUGGAGAAGUUCCUUUCAAAGGAAGUUCGGACUACUUGCUGUUUCAAAGUAUUUUGAAAGGCCAUGUUGAAUUCCCCAAAAAUUUUCCAUCUGCGAGUGGUCGAGACUUGAUCGAAAAGCUUCUAGUAACAGAUGUAGAUAUGCGCCUUGGAGCCAAAGGCUAUGAUGAUUUGAAGAACCACUCGUUCUUUCGAGGUAUUCGUUUUGAAUUUUUAGACAAAGUUAGUUGUCCUAGCCUAUUUUUGUUGCUUUUGCUUAUUUUCUCAAAGGUUGACGCCACAAAAGUUUUGGACAUUGGAAAUAGCUCUUCUCAGAGGAAUGCUUUGAAAACGGUUGGCAAGACUAUUGGUUCCAUUUUUAGUGUGGUUGGAAAUGUUGCCAAUUUGGCUUCGUUGGCUGAAAUUUGGGAUUCAUCUAAAUUUGGUUCUGUGUAUGAGAAGGAGUUGGAUGAUUCCAAUGAGAUGACUACCCCAUUAGAGCUGUAUAUUAGUCAUGAAAAAUGGAGGCAGUCUUCAAGAAAAGUAUUGAAUCUUGCCGUGGAAUGGACUGGCAAUUUGGUUUUAAGACAUCCCGUUGAGGUUGCAAAGGACUUGUUAGCGAGAGAAAAGAGUAUUUUGGAAGAAGCUGAUCGAGAUUGGGCUCUUGUUCCAUCGGAUGAAUAUAAGGAGUUUUUAGUGGCAGCGGCACAAUUACAGUCUGUUAGUCCUAGUAACUUGACAGAUCCUGAACGUAUUGCUUUUUGGACUACGAUGUAUCACGUUAUGUUCCUUCAUAUUUUAAAGUUUCUUACUCCUGUGACAAGAGCACUAAGAAACGAACGUUUUUUUCGAGAUGCAUUUUACAGAAUAUAUACUUUGGAUUACUGUUUGGAUGAUAUUGAAUAUGGUAUGUUGGGAGCUGGACAAAAAGGAAGGAAGCCGUAUUUUCUACCAGAUGAUCCCCGAGACACUAUACGAGUGCAAGAAGUUGAACCUGCUUGUUUUGAAAUGCUGCAUAAAAUUCGAGUGAGCAGAGGCUUCUGUGAAUCGUUUUAUCAGUAGAAAAAGACGAUAACCUUAAGAGAGAUUUUGUCUUUUAAUGAUGAUGGAUCGAUCAGCUUAGAUUGUAUCCCUUUUUGGAAUUUUGGGUAUAACUCAUGCUAUCUUUUUCUUAUUAUAAAGGGUAACAACCACUGUAUAGUUGAAACUAUUUGAUAUAUAGAAUAUAAAACCAUUCAAAUUUCA